GGGGAGAGAGAGAGCGAGGAGCAAGCAGAAGAGAAAGCGAGCGAAGAGCAAGCAGAGGAGAGAGCACGGGAGAGAGGGAGAGAGCAGCAAGCAGAGGAGAAAGCGAGCGAGGAGCAAGCAGGGGAGAGAGCGAGCGAGGAGCAAGCAGAAGAGAGAGCAGCAAGCAGAGGAGAGAGAGAGCGAGGAGCAAGCAGAAGAGAAAGCGAGCGAGGAGCAAGCAGGGGAGAGAGCGAGCGAAGAGCAAGCAGAGGAGAGAGCACAGAGCAGCAAGCAGAGGAGAGAGCGAGCGAGGAGCAAGCAGCAGAGGAGAGAGGGAGAGAGCAGCAAGCAGGGGAGAGAGCGAGCGAGGAGCAAGCAGAG